UCGCUCGCUCCCUGUCCGUCCCAGUGGCGGCUCACCGGACACGCACGCGCGCGAGCUUUCCUGGUCCAGGCGUCGCCUCGGCACGUGCGCCCGCGUCAGCCCCCAGUCGCCACCCAGGUUCUCCAUGGCGACGGCCAUCUCGCUCCGAGGCGCGCCGCUGACCGCUCCCCGCGCGUGCGCCUCCGGCCGGCGGUUUGUCCGUGUCUCGGCCGCGCGCGCCUCUCUCCCACGCGGCGGAGCGCGAGUCGGCCAUCGCUCCCUGACCGUCUCGGCUGCGGCGGUGGGGGAUUCCUCCGGUUCGGCUCCCGUCGCCGGCGCGCCUGCGUGGGACGCCCUCGGCGGCGUCUCCGUCCUCGCCGCGGGCACCGGCGACGCCGUCCCGCUGACAGACCUGUGGGACCCCACCGAGGGGGUGGCCGUGGUGGCGCUGCUGAGGCAUUUCGGGUGCUUCUGCUGUUGGGAGCUGGCCUCUGUUCUGAAGGACUCCAUGGCGAGGUUCGAUUCGGCCGGGGCUAAGCUGAUCGCCAUCGGCGUCGGCACUCCCGAUAAAGCUCGCAUUCUCGCCGACGGGCUGCCAUUUCCUGUCGACUCCUUGUACGCCGACCCCGAGCGCAAGGCUUACAACGUGCUGGGACUGUACCAUGGUUUGGGUCGGACGCUCUUCAGUCCAGCUAGUGCUAAAAUAUACUCGAGGCUCGACUACAUCAAGAAGGCGACGAAGAACUACACGCUGGAAGGCACCCCGGGCGACCUGACCGGUGUCCUGCAGCAGGGUGGGAUGUUCGUGUUCAGAGGGAAGGAGCUGCUGUACUCAUGGAGAGACGAAGGCACCGGCGACCAUGCUCCUAUGGACGAUGUGCUCAGCGCCUGCCGCAAAGUUCCAGUCGCUUGACACUUGCUUUCUUUUAGCAGCCGAAUGUGUAAGGCUAAACGCUCUGUGUAUGUGCCGGAUACUAGCUAGACUGAAGCCCGGGUCUGUUCAUUCGUCAGGAAGAAUCUUGAAGUUCCACCGAAUUGAAACAGAUACUAUAUGCUACGAGAAUCAAAUCAUGCGAAACAUGUGUCCUCAAAUGAUGAAAUGAAAUAAACUUGUUUGGUCACUCAAA